AUGUCGUACAAUCCUGGCCGUAUGCCGCCGAAGGUAUCGUCUGCAGAUUCAUCACAUUCGUCGUCCAACUCUGCCAUCCCUCAUGCUCGAUUUCCAAGGUCUCAACUAGCAAGGCCAGCCAAUUCUACUCCUCGUCCCAGCCGCGCAUUAUCUUUCUCCAGUGCAGAAGGGACUAGCCAGAUACCAGCACCGGUACAAGUUACCAAUCGCUCUAAAAGACUAUCACUACUACCGCGGCCAAGCACCGGGGGUCUGGCAUUCCCAGUUCCUCCAUCGUCGACACCAUCGCCCCAAACUCCAAUUCAAUCUAUUCCAUCCUCGCUCUCCACUCCUGACAUCACGAAUCCAUCUGCGUUUGCGCCAAGUUACCAGGCGCAAGCGCCGCCCACUAAGAGGAUCCGAAAUGUCUUGCGCAGAAAGGCACCGCUGAUAGGAAAGCAUGUGGAGCAGAACCAAACCCAGAAGCUUAGUUUGGUGAUCCCGCAAGAACACAACCCUAACGAAUUGAAGGACCCCAGGUUCCAUUCUCCCCCAGAUCCAUACUUUGCUGGACCGUCGGCCUCAGCAUCCUCACAAAGCUCGAGCGACAAGACGCCAAAAAGUGCGGUGGCAAACCCCAAGACAGGACCAGCAGAAUUGGCAAGCCUCCGCACGGUCAAUACUCAGAACAUUCCUCCCACGCAUUUCCUUCAAUCUGCAAGCAGUCCUUCGACAAGGUACUCCGAGUCCCCGGGAAUGUGGAGUCGUGGUUCGACCCCGACCUCGCUGUCCUCAUACUCUCCAGGACUAAUGCACUCAAGCAAAAUUGGACGUUUAAGACAGCCUAGUCCAUCUCAUCCUAGAUUGCCAUUGUUCUCGCCGGCGUCAACACAGGCAAGUCCACAAAGCGCACAGAGUGAUCGAAGGGAGCCUAAAACACACCGGACGGCACUUCCCCAGCGAUCUUUAGACCCAAGUCCAGUGACACCUGCUGUUGCUAAACAAAGUUCUACGCCUGUUUCCACAAAGACGCCAGGUCCUCCCCACAGCCCGCCACCAAGAAAGUCAUCCGUGAACUUUAGCCCGAAGGAUUCUCCGUCCAAAGAUUCUGAUAUUGACGUGGAGAAGGCUAGGAAGGAAGUUGAGGAGGCCGAGAGAGAGCUAUUCAUGACACAUCAAAGAACGAUUACCAACUCUGCCAGUCCUGCGACAAGUGUCCCAAAGACACCGCCACGACCAAGCAGAGAUGGUACCCAUCGUUUGAAUUUGGAAGCAUCACCAGUGAUCCAAAGUAAUCUGCCAUAUCUCAGCACAACGGGCCACAAGAGACGUGAAUCCGUAGAGAAGGCUCGUGCGGCGGCUCAACCUUAUCAAACUACAAAUCCGUCUGCUACCUCUGUGGACUCUUUCCGGUCCAAAGACUUGUCUCGAAUUCCGUCUCGCGAAGCAGGGUCUCCAAUUAUGACCCGGAAAUCGCCCAAAUUAGUCAAGGAUCCUCCCAAAGCAGCAGUCAUGAAGGAAAACACCGAUCCGAAAAAGCCUGUCACGCCCAAGCGAUUUGGUCUUUUCCACAAAAAGUCAAAGCCAGGAAUGGAAAACAACACUGGCGAACAGAACCGAUCAUCAAGACGCAAGGGUCCAGUAGCAGGGACUGGCCACGAAGGAUACGGAAAAUACAGUCAGCGUGGGAGAAAAGCGAGUGCAAGCAGCAGUGGUGUCAGAACCCGAUCAACGAGUACAACCCGAAGCACACCACAAUCAAUCGCCAGCAGCAAGGGAAGUAUGUCAAGUCGCCCAGAUCUGGGUCUCGACGACUUCCUGUCGAGCCGUCUCGAGCCAGUCUACAUUAGCGGUGGAGGUUCGACUCUUUCGCGGACCGAAAGCGAGCAGAGCCUAAGCAGCCUUAGUGUUGCAUCAUCGAGCCUCCAUCGUCCGACUCCUCUCACACUUUCUACUGUUCAAUCCACUGAUUCAUUGGUAACAACAUCUACGGAUGUUCUAGGUGAUGUGAAGCCUAACUCAUCUAAUCUUACCUUGGCAUCGUCCCGGAACCAAAGCCCAGAGAGGCGUUCUGGCGCUGUUAAUCGUUCUCAACCUCCGAAGUCUCGUAUGCCAGUGCCCAAAGGGAAGAAGCAUGGGGUAUUUGGGAACUCCGAAGCCGCUCAGACUCAAACAUCUCUAUCAAGUGCUGCAUCAACAACUCUAGCUCCCCAAAUUUCAAAAGGAACUGCUAGUUCAUUGAAUCAGCAACUUCCGACGGUGAAAGAGGGUCAGCAAGUCAACAAGAAAGGAAAAAACUCUCGGUGGAAUCUCUUCCAAAGAAACCGCUCUGAGGUGCCCAAAGCUUCUGUUCCUGAGCCAGCACCGACUUCUCACACUGCACAGCUUCAUGCGGCGAUCGCACCAGUCCUGAGCACUCGACCGGUGGCUCACUAUGCACUAGUGGAUGCCGAUUCCGAUGAACUUGACGACAUAAUAAAUAAUAUCGAGAACUCGCCACCUACAGAAGAAGAAAGCUUUACACCGGCAGUAGAGAUACCAGCAGGUCUGAAUAUCAAAAAGAGGCACCCGUCCGUUUUGCUGCCUUCUCCACCGAAGCUGCACGGAGAGUUUGAGAAAGAUGGGCGUUCGUCCCCAAAGACAGCAAUGUUUAACCGCAAUCUGAUGGAUUUGGAGCCUGAAAGUAGCCCCGAGCACCGCCGGCCUAAACGACUGGCUUCCGUGGGUCGCAUCCCGAAGGUUGUGUCUAGACGCGAUAGACAACACACUCCAGCCACACAAUCCUUUUCUCGACCAUUUAGCGUUGUUGAAUCACCGCCGUCGUUACCAGCUCCCACACCGCAGGGCCCGCACGCUUAUCCAAGCCUCAACGAUUCUCCUUGGAAGCAACAGGGAACAAUUCCAUCAAGCCAGCCAUCAGACUGGGGCUAUGAUUAUACCCAAGGUUUCAGCGCACCCGAGACGGUCAACGCUUUGAAUUUCCUUGCUGGCCCUUAUUCAGCCCAUGAGUUCAUCCAUUUCUCGCCGCACAAGCGCUCUCCGUCUUCAAGCAGUGCCGAAGCUCUUGCAGCAGUGACGGCUGUCGUUCCCAAGCCAGAAACUGCGCCCAUGGAAGAUGAAAUAUGGAAGGAGUACGAUGAUCUGAUCGAUCACGUUCUUUCACCAGAAGAGCCAAAGCUAAAGGGAUCUGAUAAGCGGGAGAAUGACGAGAGAUUCCAGUUUGCAACAAUGGCGAGCAGAGCUCUUCAGGACGAAUUGAAUAAUCCAAACUCCCUUCGCCCAGAUUCAUCUGCACCUGGAGAGAUAUCAGUUCGUUCCAGCAGCGACUCUGUUCGUCUACGCCGGUCGAGAAUUGUAUCUGCUUUGCACUCUUCCAUCUCUCCCUCGACUCAGCCGUCUUACAGUAACCUCAUCGCCAGCUACGGAGAUGACGAGGAACCCCGGAGUCCAGCAAAUUCCUUGCAGCCACCUCCAGACAAGUUUCAAGAGCAACAAUCCACGUUUCUUCAGUCUCUAGCCACAACCCCCAACCCUGAAGGAAAGUCCGGCGAUGGUCGCAAACCCAUACAGGGCUCAUCAGAGCGGGAGUGGGACGCAGUGACUCGAACUAACAUGAGAUCUGCUUCUCUAAUGACCAGUCGCUGGCUGUCAUUCGGGCGUGUUCUUUUCAGUCCUGCACACAACCACGUCAAGACCGGAACACACGGAAGGAUUCUUGUGAUCGACGGCCUCGGAAACGACGAUUGGUCUUUCUAUUGCUCAUUAACCUACCCCGAUGCUGAGGUAUACAGCUUGAGCGGUCGCCCAGUCUCCACAGCAAUGCCCCACCCUGCAGCAUGGCAGCCACCUACAAACCACCACACAGUCUACCACGCCGGUCUACAAAACCCGCUCCCAUUUCCCAAAGAUUACUUUGCCGCCACAGUCCUGCGAUUCCCUACAGCCAGUCCCGAGGCGAUGCAAAACAAUAUUAUCCAGGAAUGCAAGCGUGUCCUCCGCUCAGGCGGCUAUCUGGAAAUGACCGUUCUAGACCGGGACAUGGUGAACAUGGGUGCCCGCGCCCGCAAAACGGUCCGUCGCCUCAAGGAAAUGACAUGCCUCGCCAACCCAGCCAUAAGUCUCAAGCCAAGUAGCGAUAACGUCCAGCGUCUUCUUGGUACACAGGGAUUUGACAAUCUCCGCCGAUGCAUGGUGCGCAUUCCCGUAGCAGGUAUGGUUGUUCGAUCCUCCGGCUCCACAACCUCCUCUUCGAAUAAAUCGUUCCUGGCAACAGCCACCACUUCAUCCACCGGUUUCUCUCUCCCGACUAUCUCUGUUACAACGACGGGUAGCCAGAGCACCCGGACACGUUCAAAGUCGUCUCCUUCCGAUGACACAAGCAUCUCCCUGGGAGACCUUCUUUCAGACCCCUCACCCUCUGCCGCCAAUGAUGAGUCGAUCGCUAAGAUUGUGGCUCGUGUCGGUCGUUGGUGGUAUACGAAGUGUUAUGAGGAUCCUGUGCUCCCUGACACUGGUGAUAAUGAUCCUAGCAUGUGGAAUGACCGUAAGGUUCUUCGCGAAUGCCAGCAACGCGGAACUGGAUUCCGUAUGUUGAUUGCAUAUGCGCAGAAGCCUAGUGAGGUCAAGAGACGCACUGCCAGCGUCUAA